AUGACGGAUGCAACUAAGAUGGCUGGCCAACUUCUGUUCCAGAACACGUUGGCAGAGGUAGUGCGUAAGUUGCGCUCCAGUAACGAGAGCGAAGCGGAGGUGAUUGAGCAAUGUAUUGCCGACAUCAAGAGUGAGGUCACUUCCACUGUUCAGAGCGUUAAGGUCACCGCAGUGUUGAAAGCCGUCUACUUUUCCAUGCUCGGCUACAGUGCAACAUAUGCUGCUUUCAACAUCAUUGAGGUUAUGGCGGACAAGAUGUUCGGAUACAAACGUAUCGGAUAUAUGGCGGCAUGUUUAACAUUCACUCCGAAAACAGAGGUUCUCCCGUUGCUUACAGCUCUGUUGAAACGCGAUCUUUCCAGCACUAACCAGUACGAGGUGGGUUUUGCGCUUUACUGCAUUUCCACUGUUUCCUCUCCGGACCUCGCUAGGGACCUUGUAGUGGAUGUGGUGAACUUAUUGAGCCAUCCGCGUAAUUACGUUCGCAAAAAGGCGGUUCUUAGCCUCUACCGCAUUUUUUUUGAGUACCCCGAAUCACUGAGACCAACCUACCCUCGGCUAAAGGAAAAGCUCGACAGUAGCAGUGAGCGGUGUGACAAUGACCCGGCUGUGAGAGGUGCUCUGGUGUGCGUUUUGUGUGAACUGGCCAGACGUAAUCCGGCCAGCUUCUUAGGUCUAGCGGUUCCUUUCUUUUCCAUGUUGUCAACGAUACAGAGCAAUUGGACAUUGAUCAAGAUAAUAAAGGUUUUUGGUUACUUCGCUCCUCUUGAGCCUCGGCUGGGGAAGAAGCUUGUGGAUCCGAUUAUUCGUAUUGUUCAGACAACAGGUGCAAAGUCUGUACGUUACGAGUGCAUUCUUGCUGUGGCCAACGGAAUGAGCAAAACACCCUCACUAACGAAGAUAGUCGCAGAGGAGCUUAGAGUUUUUGUAGAGGAUAGCGAUCAAAAUUUGAAGUAUUUGGGCCUUGACGCCAUGUCUCGCAUGGUUCGUGACAAUGCAAAGCUGUUGGGCGGUCAUCGUGAUGUAGUUCUAGCAUGCCUUGAUGACAUUGACACAACUAUCCGUCGUAAGGCCCUUGAGGUUCUGAGUGGCCUUGUGACAAAAAGAAACUUCGUGUCAACCAUCAAUAACAUGAUGCAUCGGUGUGUGCGGCUGCCUCCUGAUGAGGAAUGGUCUAACCGCGUAUUAGCGACAGUAAUCGAAGUUGCUCAAACUGACGAUUAUAGUUACGUGCAGGACUUUGAGUGGUACGUAAAGAUCCUACUAGACAUCAGCCUGGUGAACCUCUCCACCUACCAACACGGUGCCCUGGUACAGAAGGAACUUGUGACUGUACUGACAAGAGUGAACGCGGUACGGCAGUUUGGUGUUAACGAGCUCUCUCAGCUACUGUCGAACACUAACUUACUUAAAAGUGAUCCAUCCCGUUCCUCGCAGUGGGAAGUGUUGAAGGCGGCGGCCUUUCUCUGUGGAGAGUAUCCUUAUUGGCUUCAAGACAAACGGCGCACAUGCGAACUAUUGUUGAGCGAGCGGAUUUCUUUACUAAAACCAGAAGUGCAAGUUGUUUGCGUCACUGCGGUGGGGAAGAUUGUAGCAUACAUGCACAAGCCAUGCCAGCGACACCUCGUUUUGGUGAAUGGCGAGGAGGAGAUACCAUUACCAGAGGAUUCCCUAACAUUCGAGGAGUUGCGCGCUUCCAUUCUCCAAACAGAAGCCAUCACUGACAGCAACGGGACGGCGAAGGUGGUUGGAGCCACCGGCUCCAUCUCUAAUCGGCACGAUGUGGAAAGAAAAAAUCUAUUAGGCCUCCAGUUAUUCCGUCACAGCGUCCAUCCAGACGUUCAGGAGCGGGCAAGCAUGAUUUUGUAUCAGCUCAAUGUCGACCCCGAUAUUGGCCCUCUACUAUAUGAACAGGAACUCCUUCCGGUUGCCAUCGGUGCACAGGAGGCCGUGGAGCCACCGGAAGGAUUGAAUCUUGAUGAACCAUUUUGCAGUCACUUACCAGCGGGGUUGUCUCCAUCUGACAGCGAAGAAGAUGGAGCGGAAAAUGAUGAAGACCUUUACUAUGUGGACGGCUAUGAUGCUAUUGUUGCCCGCGAGCAGCGGCGGCGGGAAGAGGCCCGACGUGGCGAGGUUGCUCCGUUUUAUAUUAAAAAUGAUGCCUUAUCACGGGAUCAACUUUCAGAAGAGUUGCAUUCCGCUGUCAGUGCUGCCCCGGCUCCAAAGACGUCAACGUCGUUUUACGUACCACAGAAAUCUCAGGUAAUCAAUCGGUAUCUGUCACGUCCCAAGAAUUAUGAUGCUGCGGCUCAUGGGCAGCGACGAAUUCAGGAUGAGGACGUGGAUGAGGCAACGAAGAAGUUUCGAAACGUAGAUGUCACACGGUCACUAGCACCAGAUGAAAGAUUGCCGGAGCCUAUCCCGUAUGGGAGGCUUCAACAAAGUGCUACCACCGAGGGUACUGCGGCGGCAGCGGCUGCUGCAGCUGCUUUGGAUUUCAUGGUUGACGAAUCGUUUGAUCCCCUCGUACUUUUGGAGGAAAAAUACCUGCGCGUGACCGCAUUUGUUCUUUCCUGUCGCGUGCGGAAGGCGGGCACCCAAAUUACGAUGGCCGUAGAGAUAUCAAACCUUGCAAGCAGCAGCAGCAUGCGCAACGUUUCGCUGCGUUUCCAACCUAAUAAUGACAACUAUACGACGGAGCGAGUGCGGCUGGAAGCAGACAAAUCUCAAGAGGCCAUCACAGGUGCUAAUCGUCCAAAAACUGGUAGGGGUGACAAUAAGAACGCUGUUGGUGAAGGUGGUGACGGUGACAAGGAAGUGGAGGAAAGUGACAGAAGCAUAUUCGUUUCAAAAUGCAUGAAGGGGACUACGACAUUGCGGACGAAGAUGCUUCUGACGUUCUCUGGAUCACUUCCGCCUUCACUUACCGAACCCCUACUGUUUAGUUUGCUGUACACGCGAGAGAAGAAACCAACUGAGUCAUUACUACCAAUGCCCUUGAGUUAUCGAUACUUUGCCAAGUCCCAUGUGGACACGACUUCAGUAGAGUUUAUGCAGACAAUAAUGGCAAGACAUCUCUCUGAAUCCCCUGUGCUUACGUGUUUUGUGGCUGUGGCCGCAAGUUGUGUUCCACUUGUACUUCCCGCUAUACAACAACAACUGCGGUUGAGGCCAGUUGAUAUCUUUAAAGAUGCGGCUUCCUUCUAUAGUGUACUGCAAUCCCGAAAAUCCGCAGCUAACCACGCACAUGUCGCCGUGGUGCUGCUAGAAGAUGAGUUAGAGGGAGAAAAGGGCAUCAGUAUUGCUGUGAAGUCGGAACACACUUCUUUAGCGGAGCUUCUGGCCCAAGAAAUCGCAAAACUCUUGAUGACGGCCACGUCGUAG